AUGCCAACGUUGACUUCGAUGUUGCCCACUGCUGGCUUGUUCUUACCGGAAACACUGCAUCGGGCUGACCUCCCCACGCAAGCGCCUACGGAGACCGAAGGAACGAGGCUGAAGUACUUCCAACGCAAGAUCGGGCGGCCGAAGCAGGAGCCCAGGAACUCUGAAGACCGGCGGCCAUCAAUUGCUAUUCCUAGGGAAACGUCCGAUGACAUCUCUUGCGACUUUCCAGCGAUACCGACUACUUACUACUUUGCGGACUAUGUCCUCACUACCGAGAAGGCUUCUGCGGAUACCAUCGCUUUCGUGAGCAUCAUCCAACAAGUGCGACAAGAUAUUGAUGAGGCGACGCGCCUUUUCAUCUCAUCGGCGGUUUCGAAUUUCCUGGAUGCUUACCCAAAUAAGCGGAGAUGGAUCGAGACUUCUUUGCUCGAGGUGCGGCGUGCUCUUAAUGAAAUCGGCAUGGAUAUGGACAAAGCCUGGGUCCACGAUGGAGAUGGCGGCACAGCUGCAUCGAAGCUCAAGCUUGAGUGGGGUCUAAGAAACCAGAAAAAACUUCUGAAAAAGAAGCAGCUGUUAGAUCAGUGCCACGCCCAGUUGACUGGCGCUAUCUAUGUCAUGCAAACGGCAGAACUCUGUGGGAAGCCUGGUGCUAUCGCAGAGACCCCCAUUUUUGAGGCUCCGGUACGACCUUGGGUACCUCAUGAUGAGAAAGACGCGCUACGUGGACCUUAUUCGAGGCAGAAAUAUCGAACGAAUCAAGCGAACGUCUCCGCAUCAAACAUUACGCUGGCGUCGGAAGCUGAAAAAGACGACGUCGAAACUGGUAGUGUCAAUUCGGUGCCUGUAGAGUUGGCCGGUAGUACGCCGGCUGACUUGGACAUCGAGGAGAGGCAAAAUUCACAGACCUUCCUGAGCCCUCAGGCGUCCCGCGAAUUCAAUUCUGAAAGCUCGGCACUAUCCAGACGGCCACGAGCACGCUCAGACUACUCCCGACAAUCCGUGCUUCGGGAACCAAGGCCUCGCGCCUCUAUCGAUGUCGUUCCUUCCUCCUCGAAUAAUGGCGAUGCAACAAUCGAGCGCACCGACUCCACUCUCUCCACACAAGCUACGGUCAGCGUCCCCAUGAGAAUGGCCAAACAGCCCAAUAACUUCUAUUCCAUCGAUCUCGGUGACGUCGACCCCAACAACCGGUCAUACGUUACCUAUAGUCCCCGAGACUGCGCCUAUGACGGAUGCGAUGACAGACGGUCUACCAAACAUCGCAACCAAGACUACUGCAACUCAGCCAUCGCCCCGCCAGCUUCCUACAAGUAG